AUGCGGUUGCUGAGUGGCUUGUCAGCGGUCCUGGCGGUCUUGAUACUGGAGGUUGCCGCGGCCGACAAGCCCAGCAGCCUGACCUUGUCCGAUGCCAUCACAAAGAUGCCCAAAUGUGCUCUGCCGUGCAUGUUGAAAGUCGUUGGCGACGUCGGCUGCGCGGCUCUCGACAAGACUUGCAUCUGCGAGACCAACUAUCACAAGAUUGAAAAGCAUGCCUCGCCAUGCAUUCGCAAAGCAUGCACAUUUGCAGAUGCUCUGCAGGCCAAGAAUCUCACCGCGCUCUCGUGCGACGCGCCCGUCCGCGACAAGACGGCGCGCUACAACGUCCUGGCCAUUGUCCUCGGCGUCGUCACCAACCUCCUCGUCGCCAUCCGCCUCGUGUUCAAGCGCUUCUUCAGCUACCGCCGCGCCCUCGGCUGGGACGACUACACCAUCAUCGGCGCCAUGCUCGUCGGCAUCCCCGCCACCGUCAUCAACGUGGCCGGGCUCACGGCCAGCGGCAUGGGCCGCGACGCCUGGACGCUCUCCGUCGCCGAGAUUAACCGCUUCGGCGCCUUCUUCUACACCAUAGAGGUGCUGUACGUGGCCGACGUUGCCUUUGUCAAGCUCAGCCUCUCCGCGUUUUACCUCUACAUCUUCCCCGGCACGUGGACGCGCCGCCUGCUCUGGGCCACCGUCGUCUUCAACGCGGCUUCGGGCGUCGCGUUUGUGGUUGCGGGCAUCGCGCAGUGCGUGCCAAUCUCCUUCUUCUGGCUCAGGUACACCGACCCGGGCGCCUCGGGCCGCUGCAUCGACAUUAAUGCGUUUGGAUGGAGUCAUGCGGCCGUCAGCAUCGCCGUCGACGUGUGGCUGAUUGCGAUUCCGCUCAGCCAGCUGCGAAAACUGCAGCUGCACUGGAAGAAGAAGAUUGCCGUCGCUUUAAUGUUUCUGCUCGGUACUUUUGUCACCAUUGUGUCCAUUCUUCGGCUUCAGUCACUCAUCUAUCUGGCCCGGUCCAGCAACCCUACCUGGGAUCAUUGGCUAGUGGCCUGGUGGUCCACCAUUGAAGUCCAUGUCGGCAUGAUUUGUGCCUCUUUGCCUACGCUCCGCCUCGUACUGGUGCGCAUGUGGCCCCGUGUUUUCAGCACCAACAUCUCGCGUCACAAGUCGGUUACGGAGCGCAAUACACGACCAAACAGCGCCAGCUACAUCAUGCACAGCAAAGAAGUGACACAAUCAUCGAGUGAAAUCGAGCUGUGUGCUGUAAGCAGCCCGGGAAUUAGACCCGUACCACCACCAAAAGACAAUGUCACGCCCCGAUCGCCUCCACGAUCCUACAUUCCACCCAAAGACUGGUGA